AUGGAAGUUUAUUUUGCUGCGGGCGGGCUGGAUGCAAAUCCGAGAUGGACUUGUCGCAACAUCAAUCUAACCUACAACCAAUUGCAAGUAAAACAUGAAAAACAUCCGAUUGUUGGCACAAUCUACAUCUUACUUGGCUUCUUUUUUCAGGUUUUAUAUCUCUUGGCUUUGUCAGUGAUUGGGACAAAGGACCUUUUAAAGCAUUCUUGCUACAAGAUGAUGCUAUGCUUGGGUUUAUUCGACUUCGUCUGUAUGAUUUUCAGCGCUCAGGUGUCCGGUUAUUUCUACCUGGUUGGCGCUGAGUACUGUAUGUAUCCUCAUUUACAGUACAUCAUCGGCUCAUCGAUCAUGGGCUGUUUUGGCCCUGUUUGCACAUUAUCCCUCGUCCUCGUCAUGAAUCGACUCAUCGAUUUCUGGCGUCCAGACAUCGCGAAAAAGCUUUUUCACGGUAAAAAGACAUGGUUCUGGUGUUUCCUAUGUGCUCUCUAUGGCAUGGCGUGCUUUUGGAAAGCUCCAUCUCUUUCUUUCAAUGUCGAUGUAGGAACUUGGAUUUUUAAUCCGUUAAUUCCCGGAAAUACGUACACAGAUUACUCUCCGAUGUGGCUAGCGGUGAACAAUUUCAUCACGACGAGCGGAAUCUGUGGCUCCUAUGUGGGCUUCGUUGUGCUACACGCGUACAAAUUGAGGGUGACACAAGCUGUUGAAUCGACGGCAUUACAGAGAAAUAUUCUCCGACAAGCAAUCUGCAUCUGUUUCUUUACCUUUGUCACCACCGCAAUCUGGGCUUCGAUGGUUUUCUAUGAUCCGAGCAUCUUCGUGCUCCAUUUAGGUCAAUUGUGCUGGCAUUUAAUGCAUGCCGUCCCAUCGUUGGUCUACCUCUUGCUCAACAAAACGAUUCAAACGAGAGCUUUGCGCAAUUUGCGGAAUUGUACAGGAAUUCAGACUAAAGUCUCUUACGAGAGCAAAACUUCGGCUUCAGAAGAGGCAAAGGCGUACUCAAGCGGUGGUGUGAUUCCAGCU